AUGACAAGCGGCCCUCCAUCCAAUGAGAGCAUGAGUACUCCAAUAACCAUCUAUAAGAAGCUAACCAGCACCUCAUUCAAGCCUCCCUGCCGCAACUCCCCUGGGCCACUCGGUGCACAAGCACAGGGGCAACUGAUUUCAAGAACGGGAAAUAGCCAACGGGGCAAUUUCCAGCCGCCGAGCUGGAGUGGGCACAAUGGGCCAAGUCCAAAGUGGUCUUUUGCUCUCGAACAAUGGCUGAAGGAGUCGAGACGAGAUGGCCCGUUUAACGCUGUGGCGUCAGCUAAGCCUGGCUCCCCUGGUUCGGACCAAGCCGAUAGCGCUGCUCCAGCUUUAAGCGGCAGGGUUAGCGUGAAGCGUUAUGCUGGCACUUCGGCUGGGCUCCUGGACGCGGAUAAAGCACCUGGUCUCUAG